GCGAAGAAAACUAAUAUGGCUCAGCAAAAACUUGCUACAUUUCCACUUAGCUAAUUAACUAAAAUCACUUUUCCACAGGAAAGAAAGACUUCAUCUCAAGUUAUGAGAAGCGCCAAUGUCUCUAGUCCAACUCAAUGCAAGGCAUCAUAUGAAGUUAAUAAUAAUAGUCAAAUAAUUCCUCGUCGACCUGCAGUUUUUCAACCUUCAAUUUGGACUUAUGAUUAUAUCCAAUCAUUAAGUACUGAAUAUAAGGAAGAAAUUUACUCAGAUCAAGUAAGACGGCUAAUGGAAGAAGUAAGGAUGAUCCUUUACAAAGUGGAAAGUGAGCUUGAUCAACUUGAGUUUAUUGAUGUAUUGCAACGGCUUGGAGUGGAUUAUCAUUUUGAACAUGAAAUUAGAAAGUUCUUGGAUGAUAUUUACAAAAUAAACACCUUGAAUGAAAAAAAAAAUUUAUAUGCUACGACACUCAAGUUCAGACUCUUAAGGCAACAUGGUUAUAAUAUAUCUUCAGAUGGUUUUAUUCACUUUAGAGAUGAUCAAGGUAACUUCAAGAAAGGCCGUACUGUUGAUGUGGAGGGAAUGUUAUCAUUAUAUGAAGCAUCAUUUCAUUCAUUCGAAAAUGAAACUUUAUUAGAUGAAGCAAAAGAUUUCACCUCAAAAUUUCUGAAAGAAUAUUUAAAUGGGAGCAAAGGAAACCACUACACAUCCAUAUUAAUAAAUCAUGCUCUGAAGCUACCAUUACAUUGGAGGAAUCCUAGAUGGGAGGCUCAAUGGUUCAUUAAUGUAUAUGAAAUAAAGCAAAAUGUCAUUCCUACCUUACUUCAGUUGGCUAAACUUAAUUUCAACAUUGCUCAAGCCAUCUAUCUAGAAGAACUCAAGGAAUCAUCAAGGAAUGCUACUUAAGCUUAAUUUCAAGUGGCAUUAACUUGUUGUUGGGCCAAUAUUUUAGCCCGAACAUUCGGCCCAAAGCACACAAGGCAGUCAAACAUGGACUAAAGGAAAGAAAGGAAAAUGCUCUAAGUUAAAGAUGCAGUCGAAUUCGACAAAGGGACAUUAGUAACCGUUGCUACAAACACGGGCACAUUUAACAUGUGCAGCAUUGACUGAGUCGGUUUCUCACCACGAUGGUUGAGUACGUGGCCAAGAAGCGGUUGAAACAGUUGAGGCACACGAUCUCCACCACUACGCAGAGAACUUCCAGAGCAAGCAUCAGAUCGUGGAAAGAGAAAAUCAGACCCACUAACCCAUCCAAGAAGAAGAAAACCGCCAAGGACAUGCGGAACAUGAAGCUCUAUAAAUAGGAGAAUUCAAGUCAGAAAAGAGGUUCCCAACUCAACUCUGAAAAACUCACUAAAAAGCUCUAAUGUCCGCAUCAAUGAGACUCAAGGAGCAAGAAGUGAUGAUGGAGGAGUACGUUGCAGAACCAGCUGUUUAUCUUUCCUGCAUUUAAGCUUGUCGCGUUACUUGUUAAUUUCCUGUUUGCCAGUCCUGUUGUUUAAUUUCCUGUCGAGAUUUACGUUCCUUGCAGUUUUUCCUUUUGCUUUGUUACACUUUGAUCUUCAUGUAAUUGACCUGUGUUUAAUGAA